AAGCUAGAGCUUAGAAAUGAAUCUCCAUCCAUUCACGCGCGCAUCUCCUCAACAGGGGCGCCACGCAGCCCAGCAGCUGCUUGAAUCGCAUCGCACGCCAAUUCCGCACUGUAUCAUACACUACCCAUCUGCGCGUCGUCGCUCAAUCUCCGCCAGGCGCUGGCUGGAUGUGUCUCCUGGCCAACUCCUCCCAACACCAAAUUUGGGUGUAGCGGUGGAUGAGUGUAUGUGAUUUUUAAGAACUGGGUAGCAGCGGAACGUUUCUUUAUCCGAAGAGGUUUUGUGGGUUGAAGAUAUUGGGAGUUGGGUCUUGGUUGAUUGGGAAGAAUGACGAGCGUAGGGUGCGCUGUGUCGCCUGUGACUCAUCCUGGAGCUGUGCUUCGUUAUCAGCCUUCGUCCUUCUCCGUCUCACCUGCUUCUGCUUCCUUUUCGGUCUCGUUUCCUGCUUUGCCUUCGAUUAAGGUUAAGAGUGCUGCAUCUGGUGCGCAGCAGCCUUUUUUCAGCCAGUUCUAUGGACGACGGGACGCUCUGGGUGCCUCGGUCAGCUGUUCUGUCUCGUUCGACAAUGGACUGAUCGAGUGUGAGAAGCCGCGGGCUUCGAAGUGCUCGGCGGCACGGGCACUCCAGGGUGAGGUGGCCCCUUUGAGAAUCAUGAUUUCUGGCGCUCCUGCAUCCGGCAAAGGCACCCAGUGUGAACUGAUUGUGCAACAGUACAAUUUGACUCAUAUAUCGACAGGUGAUCUCUUAAGGGCAGAGGUGGCUGCUGGGACAGAGAAUGGGAAACUUGCCCAAGAGUAUAUGCAGAGAGGAGAGCUCGUUCCUAAUGACGUUGUCGUUGCGAUGGUAGAGAAAAAGCUCGCGUCGGCAACAAACGGAUGGCUCUUGGAUGGUUAUCCUCGCAGCUUGUCUCAAGCAGAAGCUCUUGAAAACAUGAAUAUCCGUCCACAUCUUUUCAUCCUUCUUGAGGUGCCUGAUGAGAUUUUGGUAGGAAGAGUAGUAGGAAGGAGGCUUGACCCUGUCACCGGAAAAAUCUAUCAUCUCAUGUAUUCGCCUCCAGAAACACCAGAAAUUGCUGCUCGCCUCAUACAACGAGGUGAUGACACAGAGGAGAAGGUGAAACUACGGUUGGAGACGUAUUAUUCCAACGUGCAGUCCGUGCUUGACGUUUACAAGCCCGUGACGAAAGUUGUGGAUGGGAACCGCCCUAAAACCGAAGUAUUCGCCGACAUCCAAAACCUGAUUACGGAACUUCAAAGAGAGACAGAGAAGGCCGUUGCACAAUUUGCCUCUGGAAGUCUUUGAUUCAAGAUUUCGCAUUUUCAACUAUGGACUUUCCCGAAGAUUCUUAUCCCGCCAACCCCCGAUCUUGGGGUUCACCUUUUAGGAUAGGAAGGAAUUUUACAAAAAAGUAUUUUCUUUUUUCAACAAUUUCUCAUAGAGUUUUAAGCUUCCUUGUGUUUGAUCCUGUCAACAGAAAACUGCUGUUAUGCAGGAUAAUGAUAAUCAUUGAUGACACAAUGCGCAAGGCAUGCUUGUAUUUAGCAUGAUUGAGUUUGUUUUUUAA